GCAUAUUGCAUAAACUUCGACCAUAGAACAACCUUUUAAGUCCAUUUUACUGGGUCAUUACCUAUUAUUUAAUGGACAUGGGCAAAUGAACAAGAUAAAUAAUAAAAAGGGUAUUAGGUGGUUUAAGUGUGACCGUUCGAUUUUUUGCGAAAAAACCGCAAAUUUAGAGGUCUAGGUUCGCAGUAUAAAUAAGUUGAGUAGAUUUAUGUUUGUCAGUGCAAUAUUGAUAUCGAUCUUUGUUGUGUGUUUUAAAACGAUCUUCGUGAUGUCUUCUGUGAUCUUCGCCCUAUUAUCACUAGUCUCCGUGUGUUAUGCGGGGGUAAUUUAUCCAGAAGAACCCAGUUACGUCGCCUACGAGGCUCCAAUCUACAAUGUAGCCGCGCCUCUCUAUGAAAAAGAAGACCACCAUGCGUAUCCAAAGUACAAAUUCUCCUACGGAGUAAACGACCCGCACACAGGGGACCACAAGUCCCAAGAGGAGUACCGGGAUGGGGAUGUAGUCAAAGGGCAUUAUACCGUAGCUGAUCCAGAUGGUACUCUUCGAGUCGUCCAUUACACUGCUGAUGACCACAAUGGGUUUAAUGCUGUAGUGGAGAAACAUGGAAAAUCCAUUCAUCCACAGCCCAUCCAUGCGGUUCCGGUGAUUGAAAAAGUGGUACCAGUACCUGUCGUCAAAGAAAUCGUGUACGAGAAACCCUAUUACGGAUAUGGCGGACAUCAGGGAUACGGAUAUUAGUUUUAAUGAAGAAUUUUGCUGCUGUCGGAACGAUAUUGAAAAUAAACACAACUGAAAUUGAUCGAUGAA